CGUGCGUCCAUCGUGACGUUUGCUCGCUCGGUGACGUGUUUUUUUUAUUUUUUGUUGAGGUCACGUGUCAGUGGCGGGCAGCUGAGCCUCCAGCAGCUGAGCUUUAACUUCGGCGUCACUGGUGGCGCCUGGCACUUCACAGAACAACCGGACCCCGUCGCCUGAGGUGUUUAAUCAGAAAGUGAAAGCAUUUGAAGAAAAGUCCUGACAUGGCUCCAACACUGUAUGAUGAGAAACCAGAGCCAGGGGACCUGAUAGAGAUCGACCGUGGCUCCUACCAGCACUGGGCUGUCUAUGUGGGCGAGGGCUUCGUCGUUCACUUGGCACCACCCUCUGAAGUUCCUGCUGCAGGCUCCAGCAGCAUAAUGUCCGUCCUGGCCGAGAAGGCCAUCGUCAAGAAGGACGAGCUCUGGGACGUGGUGGGAACAGACAAGUGGCUGAUAAACAACGGUCUGGACCAGAAGUACAGGCCUCGCCCGCCUCAUGUUAUUGUUCGUGAGGCCUGUAUUAUGGUUGGUCAGGAGCUGCCGUACUGCAUCUUCAGGGGAAACUGCGAACACUUUGUCAACGAGCUGCGCUACGGGAAAGCAGAGUCCCGACAGGUGCAGAAGGCAGGUGAAGCUGCAGUGGUGGCUGGUGCGGCUGCAUUCGUGGGUCUUGGUGUCUUCGCUCUGGCCAGCGCUCUGUUUGGAGGCAGCAAAAAGGAAAAGAAAAACACCCAGUGACUGGAACCACAGCAGCAGCUUUGAAUAACUCAUCACCAGCGAAGCCUAACGGCCACUUGCCUCUACUGAUCACAGAUAUCACUGCCUGGCAUUAAAUGGAACUGGCUCACUUCCAACUCGUCUUUAACAAUC